CAGAUACAUUGCGGCUGAGGGUUAUCUCGUCAAAAGUGGCUGUGCUCCACCUUAAUCCUUGACCCUCGGAAGAUUUGUCUUUAUUUUAAACUAUCCUGAUAUCACAUCGCGCAAACCCUGCUUCGGCUUGCGCCGUGAACUUGUCACAUUCCCAGUUACUCACUUUUCUUCAACCUUGCAGUUAUCGCAUUAAUCAUCCCAUCAUGGCGGACGAUGAAGCUGAGGCUGCCUUUUUCCAGGCUCAAGCCUUGAAUCCCGAUUCCCAAUCCCCCAGUGUGGAACAGGAAGGUGAUAACUCAGACGCAGAAUCAGAUGACUACGACCCCUCACUGGCAUUGGGGGAUCAGUACUCGGCCUCUUUUCCCGAGACCACGCAGCCUGAUACCGGCCCCGCUGAUGCAGCUCCCUCGGAUGAGACGGAAGAUUCCAUCCCCAACCCGACUGUCGCCUCAGACGCAGAGGUCGCCUCAGAAGUAGACGCAGACGCUGGCCAGACCAGUGACUCCCCCGACCCUUCUCAGAGCCCCUCACAUGUUGAGUCGUCGACCCCUGUGCCAGCAUCUGCUGCUGGGGCACAGCCCAAGACCCGAAUAAUUGGCGGAUUUGAGGUUGAUGAUGAUGAUGAGGAUGACGAGGGUGAUGCGGAGUAUGAGCCGCCGGCUGUACUUGGGGGUGAAGAUGUCAAUGCUGUGCCUGUGACCAUGUCUGAAGAUCCCAGCUCAGGAAAUGCAAUGCAAAACACUUCCCCUGAUGUAUCAUCACACCAAGCUGAGCAGGCACCUGCCAGUGGACCAGAUGUUGCCAAUAGUUCUUAUUCUCCUGAUCCUGUUCAUAAUAUUGAUCCCUCUUCUGUUCCUGUCCAAUCGCACUGGGCUGCGCAAGACUUGCAAUCCGCAACCAUGCAGAACAGUACUGUUCCUACUUCUGUACCUGACUCUCCAGCUUCAAAGGGUCGUCUGGCCCAUGACCGUGUCGGCAUGCUGGAAGACCGGAUUCGAGAGGAUCCCCGAGGUGAUAUCCCUGCUUGGUUGGAGUUAAUUGCCGAGCACAGAGGCCGCAGCAGACUAGACAGUGCACGCGACACCUAUGAGCGGUUCUUGACGCUGUUCCCCAUGGCGGCCGACCAAUGGGUGGCUUAUGCCAGCAUGGAGUCUGAGCUCAAUGAAUUCUUCCGCUUGGAGCAGAUCUUCAACCGAACGCUCCUGACGACCCCCAGCGUUCAGCUCUGGUCUGUCUACCUUGAUUACAUCCGUCGUCGUAAUCCUUUGACAACAGAUGCCUCUGGUGAGGCAAGGAAGACCAUUUCAUCGGCAUAUGAUAUGGCCAUUCAAUACGUUGGGAUGGACAAAGAUUCCGGAAACAUCUGGGCAGACUACAUUGAGUUCAUCCGUUCUGGGCCAGGCAUCGUUGGUGGAUCUGGGUGGCAGGAUCAACAAAAGAUGGACCUGCUACGAAAGGCCUACCAACGAGCCAUCGGCGUGCCGACUCAAGCCGUCAAUACCCUCUGGAAGGAGUAUGAUCAAUUCGAGAUGAAUCUAAACAAGCUCACGGGCCGCAAAUUCCUUCAAGAACAUUCGCCGUCCUACAUGACUGCGCGUAGCUCAUACACCGAAUUGCAAAACAUCACCCGCGAUUUGAUUCGUACCUCGCUUCCACCACUGCCUCCUAUUCCAGGAUCUGAAGGAGAUGUUGAAUACUCAGCACAAGCAGAUAUCUGGAAGCGCUGGAUCGCAUGGGAAAAAGAAGAUCCUCUGGUACUGAAAGAAGAAGACCCUGCUGCUUACAAGUCACGCGUGGUGUACUUCUACAAACAGGCACUCAUGGCACUGGCCUUCUUGCCCGAAAUGUGGUUUGAUGCAGCUGAGUUCUGCUUCUUGAACGAUAUGGAGGACGCCGGAACCGAAUUCUUGAAGAAUGGCAUUGAUGCAAACCCAGAGAGUUGUCUGCUGACAUUCAAACGCGCGGACCGACUGGAGGUUACCUCGGAUUCGGAACAGGAUUCUGCCAAGCGCGCUGCCAAGGUCCGGGAACCAUACGACAAAUUGCUUGAUGCACUUUACGAGUUGAUCAAUAAGGCUCGUAACCAGGAAACCCAGGAUGUCGCACGCAUCGAAGCUUAUUUUGCUCCACAAAUUGUGGAAAACCAACCUCAAAAUGAGGAUGAGGAUGAUCCUGAAGCCAAAGAAAGAGAAGCCGCCAAGACGGCACAGAUUGAAGCGGUCCGUAAGGCCCAUUCCGUUCAGAUCAACAUUAUCUCCAAGACUGUCUCCUUCGCAUGGAUCUCUCUCAUGCGUUCGAUGCGUCGAAUCCAGGGCAAGGGAAAACCAGGAGAAAUCGCUGGCUCUCGCCAAAUCUUUGCCGAGGCCCGGAAGCGAGGUCGUAUUACCAGUGAUGUUUAUAUCGCGAGUGCUUUGAUGGAGUACCAUUGCUACAAGGACCCUGCGGCCACCAAGAUCUUCGAGAGAGGUGCAAAAUUAUUCCCGGAGGAUGAGCACUUUGCGCUCGAAUAUUUGAGGCAUCUGCUCGACAUUAAUGAUACCAUCAAUGCCAGAGCCGUGUUCGAAACAACCGUCAGGAAAUUGACAUCCAACCCAGAGAAUGUGCGCAAGGCUAAGCCCAUCUUUUCCUUCCUCCACGAGUAUGAAUCUCGCUACGGUGACCUCACCCAAGUGAUCAACUUGGAGAACCGCAUGCGCGAACUAUACCCGGAGGAUCCUGCUCUGGAAAAAUUUGCCAAUCGUUAUUCCAACUCCAACUUCGACCCUACAUCUGUGCAACUGAUUUUGUCCCCGUCCCAGACAAAGCAAAAGACCAACGUGGCAGGAAUUUACGCGGAAGCCCACGGUUCUCCCAUGGCCAGAUACAUGGAUACCUCCCUCAAUUCACCCAAGAGACCUUAUCCCGCUGAUGAUUAUGAUGAAGAAUCUGGUCGCCCACGAAAGUUUGUUCGCGCUGAGUCGCCAAUGAAGAGCACGCAAGCUCGGCGUCUUGACCAGCCGAAACGAGUACAACAGUUGAACGGCCAAAGCACCUCAUACAGACCGCAAGGAUCCCCAGCCCCUCUGCCUCGUGAAGUGGUGAAUCUCUUGAGCAUCUUGCCUUCUGCAGCUGCCUACAACAUCACCCGCCUUUCUCCCGAGAAAACAAUAGACCUUCUUCGCCAUAUUGAGAUUCCUUCCGACAUUUCACAAAUACAGAUCCCGCAAACGGCACAUGGACCAGGUGGAGGCCAAAACCCGGGACUGAACCCCUACUCCGGUGCUUACCGUUGAGCCCGUGGUUGUUCGUUUCCCUCUGAGGACCACCAUUCACUUGCAGUGUAAAAUCCCUUGCUCUCUGCUUUUGCAAUUUCAUUUCUCCGGCGCGCAAAAUAUCCCGAUUUGUCUUUGAGGACUUGCCCAGCUCUUUUUUCGUGGGGAGCAUUCAUGAAACAUGGUCGGGGCAUACGCGGUUGUUCAGACCCCCCUUUGCAUCUUCCAUCGGCGUUGAUCUAUCUGGCAUUUUUUCUUUCUUUUUUCAAAUAGGGCCACAGGCCACCAACUUCUGCUUGCUGGUUAGGCCCACAACCAUGCUUUGUACAG